CUCAGAGGUUCUUAUAGAGCAUCAAGCAGCACAGUUGUACCACUGCAGCCACUGAUGGAGCAUCUUUCAUAACUACAAGAGUUGCUUGUUUAGCAGACAGAGAUUUGCAUGAGAGGAAUUAAUGGUAUCCGUUAUGUCAAACCCAGUGGGCAGUUUAUCAGGAGAAACAGUGUAUGGAUCCCGAAUUGGGAUGACAGAGGAUUUCCUGGAACGAAACCGGUGCUCUGCAGAACCCUGGGACAUGGGGGAUACCAAGCUGAGUGUGGAAACCUCGGAACGUGGAGUGCCAGGCCUCUACCUCUCCUGCUUUGACAUGCUUCUCACUGAAGAUGCUACGUGGUUGGUGAAGGUUUCAGAAGCUUCUUCAACGCUGUCUGUACCCCCGACUCGCAUGGAGCCUCAAGAGGAACCAGAGCAGUGUCCGGUCAUCGACAGCCAGGAACAAGGACUCUCUCCUGGGCUGGAGGGGCAGGAGGAGGAGCAGUCUCUGGAGCAAGUGCAAAGCAUGGUUGUGGGAGAAGUGCUGAAGGACAUUGAAACAGCUUGCAAACUGCUCAACAUCACCCCAGACCCCAUAGAAUGGAACACAGGGAAUGUCCAGAAAUGGUUGCUGUGGACUGAACAUCUGUACAGGUUGCCUCAUGCAGGAAAGGCCUUCCAGGAUCUAACAGGAAAAGAUCUAUGUGCCAUGAGUGAGGAGGAAUUUCGGCAGCGCUCCCCCCAGUGUGGAGACACGCUGCACGCACACCUGGACAUAUGGAAGUCAGCUGCCUGGAUGAAAGAGAGGUGUUCAGUUGGAGAUCCUAAAACGACAGGCAGCGAUGAGUUGUGGUCUGAGGCAGAUUCAUCUUGUUCCGGUCAGCCCAUUCAUCUGUGGCAGUUCCUCAGAGAGCUUCUGCUCAAACCUCACAACUACGGACGCUGCAUCCGCUGGCUCAAUAAAGAGAAAGGUAUCUUUAAAAUCGAAGACUCAGCUCAUGUUGCGAGACUGUGGGGACUCAGAAAGAAUCGACCUGCUAUGAACUAUGACAAGCUGAGCCGCUCCAUACGCCAAUACUACAAGAAAGGCAUCAUCCGUAAGCCUGACGUGUCUCAGAGACUGGUCUAUCAGUUUGUUCACCCAGUAUGAGGCUGCAGCAGGAAGGGAGGCCAAAGGGGAGGAGAUAAAAACCUACAACAUUAAAAGGACGCACUAUCUCAUGAUGCACUUGGAACACCCAAGCCCAAGAUGAAAAUUGACAUGCAACAUGUGCACUGACCAUCCCCAAUAGUACACACUUUCAGUGCCAACACUGAAGCAACAGCUGGCAGCUGCUCCAUGAAGGCUUAUCUGUGCAGAAAGCGGAGAGGAAGCGAUAUAACAGUGUGGCUGUUGAGGCGUUUUCUUGCUGCACAAUGAAACAAACACUAAUUAUAACAACAAAAACUGAAAACAAUAAAUGAACUGCCUUGUCAUUUGCAUGAUCUGCCUGUUUGUUUUUCCACAACGUGAUUCCCAGUUAUCAUUAUAUUACAUCGAAGAGUUACAACUGACUGCUCUUAAGCUUCAGGAAAACGCCUCUCGUCUACAGCUACACUUGCUUUGUCUUUUCAUUUUGCUCAGCCUCACUGACAGUUUAAAAUGUGGUUAGUUGUUUUUUCUGAACCCAGUCAACCACAGGGCAGGGCUGUCUCUCCAUAUCUCACCUAGACGAUACAAAGGAGCAGAUUUCAGUAGUUGAUGAAUUUGGAUCCUAGAGUGGAAUCCUCAACCCUCCACUGCCACUUGUAUGUGUUUUUGUUUCCUAAGAUGUAACUUGGUUAAGAGUGACGCAUUCCGCAAUAUCAUAGCACUGCUGUGAAGUGUUUGCUUUGUCUUGCCAGCUCUAGUUGAUACAGCUGUAGAUUGCAUUUUAUUUUAUAAGACCUAAAGUGUUCAAAACAAAGUAGAUAGAAGAGACUUGAAAUGAAAAAUCAUUUUAUGUUCAUGGUCCCUGGAAGAUUAAUCCUGAUGAGUUUUUUAUAUUUUUCCUUUUACGACUAUCCUGAAGUUGAUAUAUUUUCAGUGAAUGCUUCAACAGUGGUGAGCGACACAUUCUUGUUUCACUCAGGCAGAACUGUAAAAGCUAUCCUGAUCACUUCAAUUUUUAAGUUGCACAAUCAUUAAGAGAGAACUUAAAUUAGUCUGAUUCAUAAACAAAUAUAUACAAAACUCAUGAUAUUUCCAUCAAGCUCAGCUGUACUUUGUGUUUUGUACUAAUUAAAAAGUAUUAACAUCAUAAAACACUAAAUGAACUGUUGACCUUGUGGAAAAUUAUCUGCUUAAUAUGAACAAGUUAGCAGCGCUGUGCUUGGCUUCACACACAACUCCAUUAUUACACAAAGAAACUUGAUUAAAGGAUAUUUUACUGUUCCAUAGUCAAAUAUGUUGUCCAGAUCUGUUCAUAUGAGUUUUUAUUAUUAUUUUUUAAGUACAUAUUUAAUUUUUAAUGCUUUGGGUGUCUAUAUUUCACACCAGUUUGCCUCUUGCAACACUGCUUACUAAUUUCAUCUGUCUAAAUAAAAAUCUGAGUACGGACACAUUAACCAAUAAACUUUGCAUUUGGACUGUA